UGGGAUAUAUAAAAAUAGAUAUAGUAACUAAUAUAAUGUUAAAUUGGUAAAAAUGGUUAGAAAAGGAAGUUUUAAAUUGGUGGAAGCAAAAAAGACGGCCGUUGGGAGAAAAGAAAGAGAGAGGACCCCACUGAGAAAAGAGGUGUUUCGAAUGAGCUGUCAAAACAGCUCCGACCAGUCUGUUCCCUUCUUCCAAAUUCCUCUGUUUUCUUCUUUUAAAAGCCUCCUCUUCUUCCUCUUCUCUCUCCUCACAACUCAAAACUCUCUCCAUCUCUCUUCUAAAAUCAGACAAGAAAGAUGGCUCAAGAGGAAGUACAGAAAUCGGCUGAUGUCGCUGCUGCUCCGGUGGUGAAGGAGAAACCUAUUACCGAUAAGGAGGUUACUAUUCCUACCCCUGUGGCAGAGAAAGAGGAAGUUGCUGCUCCUGUCUCUGAUGAGAAGGCGGUUCCAGAGAAGGAGGUGACUCCGGAGAAGGAAGCCCCAGCGGCGGAAGCGGAGAAAUCUGUUUCGGUGAAGGAGGAAGAGACGGUUGUUGUAGCUGAGAAGGUUGUUGUUUUAACUGCUGAGGAAGUUCAGAAGAAGGCACUUGAGGAGUUUAAGGAGCUUGUAAGGGAGGCUUUGAACAAACGUGAAUUCACUGCUCCGGUGACGCCGGUUAAGGAAGAGAAAACAGAGGAGAAGAAAACAGAGGAGGAAACUAAAGAGGAAGAGAAAACAGAGGAGAAGAAAGAAGAGACAACGACUGAGGUUAAGGUUGAAGAAGAGAAACCGGCGGUUCCAGCGGCGGAGGAGGAGAAAUCAUCAGAGGCUGCUCCGGUUGAGACCAAAUCUGAGGAGAAACCUGAAGAGAAAGCAGAGGUAACAACCGAGAAAGCAUCCAGUGCCGAAGAAGAUGGAACCAAGACCGUGGAAGCAAUCGAAGAAUCUAUCGUCUCUGUUUCACCACCUGAAUCCGCCGUAGCACCUGUCGUGGUAGAGACUGUCGCCGUUGCUGAGGCAGAGCCAGUGGAGCCGGAAGAAGUCUCGAUCUGGGGAGUUCCACUACUCCAAGACGAGAGAUCUGACGUGAUCCUCACGAAAUUCCUCCGUGCAAGAGACUUUAAGGUCAAAGAAGCUUUAACCAUGCUUAAAAACACCGUCCAGUGGCGUAAAGAAAACAAAAUCGACGAACUCGUUGAAUCCGGAGAAGAAGUGAGUGAGUUCGAGAAGAUGGUGUUUGCUCACGGUGUUGACAAAGAAGGACACGUCGUGAUCUACAGUUCUUACGGUGAGUUUCAGAACAAGGAGCUUUUCUCCGACAAGGAGAAGCUUAACAAGUUCCUCAGCUGGAGGAUUCAGCUACAAGAGAAGUGUGUGAGAGCUAUUGAUUUCAGCAACCCUGAAGCGAAGUCUUCGUUUGUGUUCGUCAGCGACUUCAGGAACGCUCCAGGACUUGGUAAAAGAGCCUUGUGGCAAUUCAUCAGACGCGCUGUUAAACAAUUCGAGGACAAUUAUCCUGAAUUCGCCGCUAAAGAGCUAUUCAUCAAUGUCCCAUGGUGGUACAUUCCAUACUACAAAACAUUCGGAUCUAUCAUCACAUCCCCAAGGACUAGGAGCAAGAUGGUCCUUGCUGGUCCAUCCAAAUCUGCCGAUACUAUUUUCAAAUACAUAGCUCCUGAACAAGUUCCCGUUAAAUACGGUGGACUUAGCAAAGAUACUCCUUUGACCGAAGAAACCAUAACGGAAGCCAUCGUUAAACCGGCAGCAAACUACACUAUUGAAUUGCCUGCUUCUGAGGCUUGCACGCUUUCAUGGGAGCUUAGGGUUUUGGGUGCUGAUGUGAGCUACGGAGCUCAGUUUGAGCCAACCACCGAAGGAAGCUAUGCUGUGAUCGUCUCUAAGACACGGAAGAUUGGAUCAACCGAUGAACCGGUGAUAACCGAUUCUUUUAAGGUGGGUGAACCGGGAAAGAUUGUGAUCACAAUCGACAACCAGACUUCCAAGAAGAAGAAAGUGCUCUACAGGUUCAAAACUCAAUAAAAGGUCUGAUCUUUGAAAUCCAAAUCCAAGGAAGAAGCAAAAAAAAUGUUAUUUUGUUAUUUGGGGGAAACAAAUUUUAAUUAAUUAAUUUAGUUUGUUAUUUAUUAUGUAAUUUUGAAAUCUCAAGAUGUGGUUGUGUUUUUGCUUUGUUUUGGUAUUGGGGGUUGUUUUCGUGUGUGGAGAAUAUGUGAUUAAAAUUCAAAAGAAAGUAAAGAACACUUUGUUUCAUGAUUUCUUACCUUUAACUUUUUUUUGUUCCUACUUUUAUUUGUAAAAUUGUGUAAAUCUUAUUGUAUUUAUUACUUAUACUUAUCUUUAUGUUUCUAUUAUCUUUACUUCUUG